AUGCCCCACUGUGGGACCCAGUACAACGAGUGGUAUCCGCAGUAUGGCGCAUCGACGACCUAUGAGACUAUUGGUGUCGACAUCGAGCCAGCACAGAUGGCCGGCAUCUACUAUCAAGACAUCUUACCGCGCAUCACGGCCGAUCUAGCGUCUGUUUCAAUUGAAGCAUAUCAACCUAGUCUUUGGAGCGAUUACAUGACUCAAGGUCUGCAGCGCAACAUGAACUACGAUCAUACAAGCAGUAAGACUACCCCGCUCCGCAAUUGGAUAUUUCCACCACCAAUGUCUAAUAUUGAGGAUCGGUGGGGGUCUCGCUUUUUUCUCGCUGGCAUUCCCAGCAAUACGACAACAGGCAUUCUCCGGGAACACGCAAUGAGAUUCAACUCUUCAGUCUCACGCAGUAAGAUCGAGCGAGCACUAUUUCCAACAUCUUGCUCUGGCGAAGAGCCUUUCAUUGCUUCUUUUGAGAUGAAAGAUGAUAUCAGCGCGCGCAUAUGUGUUCCCGGCAAGCUUGGCGUCUUCCCAUGGACUACAAGUCGCAAUAGGCAGGACAUCGUUGAGGAGCUCUACCUAGAUAUGUGGGGUACUUACAAGUACCGAGCUGCUGAUUCAGAUGGGGAUGACACCAACGUGACGGUCCACUGUGAGGUGAAAACUACCCGCGGAUACUUCGAGCUUGGAAACCUUAGCAACAAUGGCACAUAUGGUUCGCUGUUGCAAGAUUGGCCAGAUGCAGACGUUAUGGCGCGAGACUUCAAUGACCUGGUGAGCGAUGACAAAACGGCGUUUGUGCCCACUGAAUCGGACGACUUCGUGGGCGAUUCUCUUCGACCGAACGUGUCACAUAAUCUAGGCAUCCCGUCAAUGUACUGGAAGGCAUCAGGUCCGCUUACACUGUCCGCUGUUGCCCUUUUCGGUAACAUAUCAUGGUUCAACAAUGUGUCAAAGUACUCAGCCAACAAAACUCACGAUUCGACGACAGCAAGCGGGGAUCAAUCCUCGUGGUACCGAAUGUGUGCAGGCAUGCCGUUCAGCACACUCUCUGGAUUGUAUGGUGCUAGGUGGUACUUCCAUGCUGCUGGAUCCUGCCAGUCUUCACUCGAGAACCAGAUGUUUUUUGGCUCGACGAAUCAGUACGAUUCCCUGCUGAAAUUGCGAUACCAAUGGCUGAAGCAGUUCGCCCCUCCAACUCGCUCUAAUGACACCGGGCGUCUGGAGGCACUACUACAAAUCAGCGCUUCUGUCACCAAUCAAGCACUCCUCAAUCACUAUGCGCCAACCGUUGAUCAUACACUUCUGGGUGGAGGCGAUUUCCGAGGUCGAAAAGUAUACACUUCGCCGGGAUACCCAGUCCUGAAACCCGAUGUAUCUGUCGCCGUAUUGUCGGUAAUGGCCAUCCUCAUCGGGUUGCAGCUGCUUGGACUUCUGUGCUUAGCAUGGUACAUCUACCUUGUGCCUUCAUGGACAGUUUCCCUGGACGCUAUGGCAGUAGCACAUAUUGGGGCACGACUGGGACAGCAAGAUCUCUUGCUCACUGGUGUUAGUGGGGAUCGUGACAGAGACGCUCGUGCAUUACAAAAAGUGGACGGCCUUAUUGACGUGGUGAACGUGGAGGAGGGAGACUAUGAGUCGGAUACGGAGUUGCAACAGCUAAGCAGGCCCUCCAGCCUUGAAGUGGACAGUCACUCGCGGUCGCGAUUGCAGUCCUAG